GAGGAGGGGGGGUUGGGCCACACUCCACCACAGCAAGAUUUUGGGGGCCGAAGCUCGAGGCAGGGGAGAAGACCCCGUUAAUUGGCGGCGUGAGGCGGAGGAACACGGGUUCUUUUUUUAAGAGGGAGGGGGGGAAAUCCAAACAUAUAUCAUCGGCGUCUUAAUUUCCAGCCCCCGGUUCUGCAGUCCUGAGUUCAACUGUGAGAAAUAUGGGAGACGACAGGCCAUUUGUGUGCAGUGCCCCAGGCUGUGGACAGAGGUUUACAAAUGAGGACCACCUGGCGGUUCAUAAACUCAAGCAUGAGAUGACAUUGAAAUUUGGUCCUGCCAGAACGGAUUCAGUCAUCAUAGCAGAUCAGACUCCAACGCCAACCCGUUUUCUGAAGAACUGCGAUGAAGUUGGCCUCUUCAAUGAAUUGGCUAACUCAUUCGAGCAUGACUUCAAGAAAGUCACAGAAGAUGAUGAGAAAAAGUGUUCUGGACCACUGGAUAUGUCUCUGUCCUCUGCCCCCUCUUCACCAGAGAUCAAAAUAAAAGAGGAAGAGCCAGUGGAAGUAGACUCAUCCCCUUCUGACAGUCCAGUAGCAAGUCCACGGACACCACAGACCAAGGACAAGGAGGGUGCUUCCAAGCCUGUCAUCCUUUCCACUCCUACUCCAACUAUUGUGCGUCCCGGGUCACUACCACUGCACUUGGGGUAUGAUCCUCUGCAUCCCACUCUUCCUUCUCCAACUUCUGUCAUCACCCAGGCUCCACCUUCCAACAGACAGCUUGGAUCUCCAACCAGCUCCAUACCACUUGUCAUGCAACUUGUGAAUGGGCAGACCAUGCCUGUUCUUCCUGGCCCUCCUGUUCAGAUGCCUUCUGUCAUAUCGCUUGCAAGGCCAAUGUCUGUAGUGCCAAACAUUCCUGGUAUUCCUGGUCCUCCCAUUGUCGGCAGCGGCUCCAUUUCACCAUCAGGCCUUCCAAUGCACUCAGAAGCUAAAAUGAGGCUGAAAGCCAGCCUGACUCAAGGAGUUACUUCCUCCCUAAAUGGCAGCAACAUGAUGGUUGGAUCAGCUAGCACAAUGGUGACAUCUCGUCCUGAACAGGGCCAAAUACUCAUCCAGCACCCUGAUGCACCUUCUCCAGCACAACCACAGGUUUCCCCAGCUCAGCCCACACCUAGCACUGGUGGCAGACGGAGACGCACAGUGGAGGAAGAUCCAGACGAACGCAGGCAACGUUUCUUGGAAAGGAACCGUGCUGCAGCCUCCCGCUGCCGUCAGAAACGCAAGCUCUGGGUGUCUUCCUUAGAGAAGAAAGCCGAGGAGCUCACAACACAGAACAUACAGCUAAGUAAUGAAGUUACAUUAUUAAGGAAUGAAGUUGCUCAACUCAAACAGCUACUGUUGGCUCACAAGGACUGCCCAGUCACAGCAUUACAGAAGAAAACACAAGGCUAUCUCGAAAGCCCAAAGGAGAGCUCUGAGCCUACAGGUUCCCCGGCUCCCGUCAUCCAGCACAGUUCUCUGACCGCCUCCUCCAAUGGGCUAAGCGUCCGCUCUGCAGCUGAAGCCGUCGCCACAUCGGUCCUCACUCAGAUGGCAAGCCAAAGGACAGAACUGAACGUGCCCCUCCAGUCGCACGUCAUUAUGGCUCCGCAGUCCCAGUCUGCUGGCAGAUGAUGUCUCCAAUCAUGUGACAUAGAACUAACCAAUAAGAACUUGCAGCCGGAGAGACUGAUUCAUAACUAAGCCCCUUGAUCAAUACGGGGUGGAUACCGUUUUUGCUUUUUUUGUUGUUGUUAAAAGUGAGUUAAGGGCAGCUAUGGAGCUUCUAACACCAAUAUGCAUCCCAUACUGAUCCUGGCCCCAAAGCAGAUGUCACGUGUCCAUCCGUUUCUAAAGGAUGGCUUUGGACUGAGCAACUUCACCAUCCCUUAGGGAAGAUCACUCCUGUACAGUCAGCAGUGCUUGGUGUGGUCUUAAAAUGGUUACAGUUCAGGUAUAAAUUGUUAACACUAAGCCUCCCUUAGCUUAGUUACUCAUGGUGCUUUUUUGAGUUGACCCCCUUAAGCAGAGCAAAGCAAAAGCCUUUGGGGACAGGCUGUGAAUUUUAGCUGGUGCUGCGUGUUUUUAAUUUUGGCAUCCCACUGCUUUCAGCCAUCUCUGGUGUGUCCGUCGCCACUUUAUCCGGCCUUCAAUUCUGCACUUUCACACAGGACCCCAUGGCUCUGAAGGUGGUAAGCUCCAUAACUUUGUGGAUGUGAUCUCCUUUUCUGUUUUCUACCCCCCCCCCAAAAAAAAAACCCCAAGUUCUCUAAAGUAUUUUGUGAACCACAUAAGAGAGUUCAUCAUUGGCUGCUGCAAUUUAUGGAAGUUCACAGUUGCAGUAGUGCAAAUGGCAAGGCUUUUGCAUGUUUCUCUGAUUCUCUAGCCUGUAGCAGUGCAUGUUAUCAGGGCUGAGUAUGUCCUCCUUCCUUGAUUGCCCUUUGUCUGGCAUGACAUAUUGAGAUUCUCUGCUUUCCUUUAAUAAAGGGUCUAGUUCUUGUGGCUGUGGGUGCAAGCUACAGAGGUAUCUCAGAAGUAAGAGGAGGAGCAGUGAGCAGUAUUUCUGGUAGAGAGAGGGUAGGCCUAUAGCGUUCUACAGUUACCGUGCACGCUGCACUAGCAGGAUACAAAAUUUGUGGGUAUGCGCAUGAUGCAUGCAUAUGUGCAGAACAUAAAUCAUCCUACUCAAAAGGUUGCCUCAGCCAGGCACCUAGCUAAUAUGUGUACAGCUCCAACAAAGACGAGCUGAGACAAUGUGGAAGUUGCUUUGCUGUAAAAAAAUGCUUCUCAGUGAGUCAUGCGUUUUGAAAGUCCUUGAAACCCCUUUUUUAAAACCCUGCACAUUUCACAGGAUCAUCUGUCACAUGGAACCCAGUGAACUUAUCAAGAUUGUGGCCUUAAAUCAUGGACUGUCUGAAACAGAGGACAAGAGGAUUGGAUGAUCAUUCCAACCUUGCCUUCCCUCUUAUCUAUUUUCUCCCUUUCUAGUGUUUCUCUUGCCUCUUCCCCACAUACCUCUUUCAGAACAAAAGUAGAAUUCUCAGAGCUUUGGUGUCUGGAGAGAGAUUUAAAAACAACCCUUGACAUUUGAAAAAGCAUUUGAAAUUGUUGCUUCUUAUUGCCAAAGCCUCUAUGUGUGUGUGCGUCCAUCCUUAAGGUUUGUCUUGACUUCUUGCUUGCUGGGUGUCUGUGCCCAGUUUUCAGCUUGAAUCUCAAACAGAGGGCCAUGGAUGGAGAAUAUUCUGUGGUGCUUGUAUUGUUACCUGUUAGCUCCCUUGGAGCUCAUUAAAUGCCAGCUUUUCCUCCUCUUCA